GGGAGGGGACCCCGGAGGAGAUCUUCAGAGGGACGGGCGGAGGCACACAAAGCCUUUCUCUCCUCCCUCUCCUCCCCCGGCCCUCCCUCCGGCCACGCCCCUCCUCUCCUCGGCCUCCUCUUCCUCCUCCUGGGCGGAGAAUCCAAGCCCUGCUCCGUCACUGACCCGCCGGUCGCCCCCGCCUCCCGGAUCUGCACCGAGGGCGCAAGAUGGAGACCUGAGACAGAGACUUCUGAACUCCCACCGGGAAAGAUCAAAUGUGUGAGCCUUCAGAACUCUGUGGCAGACAGGCCUGAGCUGAAGAGAGAAGAGAGAGAGAGAUGCUGGCCUGACAGGAGUCCCCGGCAUGCAGUAGAGCCUCACUGGGGGAAAUGUCAGCUUGGACCAUGGGCGCCCGAGGUCUGGACAAGCGAGGAAGUUUCUUUAAGCUCAUUGACACGAUCGCCUCGGAGAUCGGAGAACUGAAGCGGGAGAUGGUGCAGACAGAUAUCAGCCUGGAAAAUGGCCUGGAACCUUCUGAAACCCACAGCAUGGUGAGACACAAGGAUGGUGGCUAUUCUGAAGACAAGGAUGGGAAGACAUGUCCCCGAGACUCUGGCUAUGACAGCCUCUCCAACAGGCUCAGCAUCCUGGACCGGCUCUUGCAUACCCAUCCCAUAUGGCUGCAGCUCGGUCUGAGUGAGGAGGAGACGGCAGAGGUCCUUCAGGCCCAGCCUCCCGGGGUCUUUUUGGUUCGUAAAUCCUCCAAAAUGCAGAAGAAAGUCCUCUCCCUUCGCCUGCCCUGUGAAUUUGGAGCACCUAUCAAAGAGUUUACUAUAAAGGAAAGCACGUACACCUUUUCCCUGGAAGGCUCAGGAAUCAGCUUUGCAGAUUUAUUCCGGCUCAUUGCUUUCUACUGCAUCAGCAGGGAUGUUCUGCCAUUCACCUUGAAGCUGCCUUAUGCCAUUUCAACUGCCAAGACGGAGUCUCAGCUUGAAGAACUAGCCCAACUGGGACUAAAUUUUUGGAGCUCCUCGGCAGACAACAAACCCCCAAACUCCCCACCUCCCCAUAGGCCUCUUCCCUCAGCCGGCAUCUGCCCUGCCUCCUUGCGUCAGCUCUGCCUUAUAAAUGGAGUGCAUUCUAUAAAAACCAGGACGCCUUCGGAGCUGGAGUGCAGCCAGACCAACGGAGCCUUGUGUUUUAUUAAUCCUCUUUUCUUGAAAGUGCACAGCCAGGACCUCAGCACAGGCCCAAAGCGGCCGAGCACAAGGACUCCCAACGCGAAUGGCACCGAGAGAUCUCGGUCCCCCCCACCCAGGCCCCCGCCACCCGCUAUUAAUAGUCUGCACACAAGCCCUGGGCUAUCCAGGACUGAACCCCAGACGAGCAUGCCAGAAACAGUCAACCAUAGCAAACAUGGGAACGUAGCUCUGCUUGGAACAAAACCAACUCCCAUCCCUCCACCCCGGCUGAAGAAGCAGGCUUCUUUUUUGGAAGCGGAAAGCAGCGCCAAGACCUUGACCGCCUGCCGGCCCAGCCGGGGCUCUGAGCCGGAGCCCGAGCUAGAGCUGGAGCUGGAGAUGGGCACAGCUGGGCACGCAGGUGGAGCCCCGCCUAGGGACGCCCCCGGAGAUUGCACAAGGGCGCCGCCGCCCGGCUCUGAAUCACAGCCACCACCGUGCCAUGGAGCCAGGCAGAGGCUGAGCGACAUGAGCCUUUCCACUUCCUCCUCCGACUCACUGGAGUUCGACCGGAGCAUGCCCCUGUACGGGUAUGAGGCCGACACCACCAGCAGCCUGGAGGACUACGAAGGGGAGAGUGACCAGGAGACCAUGGCACCUCCCAUCAAGUCCAAAAAGAAGAGGAACAGUUCUUUUGUGCUGCCCAAGCUUGUCAAGUCCCAGUUGCGAAAGAUGAGCGGGGUGUUCAGCUCCUUCAUGACCCCUGAGAAGCGGAUGGUCCGCAGGAUAGCAGAGCUGUCCCGGGACAAAUGCACCUAUUUUGGGUGCUUGGUGCAGGACUACGUGAGCUUCCUGAAGGAGAACAAGGAAUGCCAUGUGUCCAGCACCGAUAUGUUGCAGACCAUCCGGCAGUUUAUGACCCAAGUCAAGAACUAUUUGUCUCAGAGCUCUGAACUGGACCCCCCUAUUGAAUCACUGAUCCCAGAAGACCAAAUCGAUGUGGUGUUGGAGAAGGCCAUGCACAAAUGCAUCUUGAAACCCCUCAAGGGCCAUGUGGAGACCAUGCUGAAGGACUUCCACACGGCUGAUGGCUCAUGGAAACAACUCAAGGAAAAUCUACAACUUGUGCGGCAGAGGAACCCACAGGAGCUGGGGGUCUUUGCCCCAACCCCUGACUUGAUGGAGCUGGAGAAAAUCAAGCUUAAAUUCAUGACCAUGCAGAAGAUGUAUUCGCCAGAAAAGAAAGUCAUGCUUUUGCUCCGGGUCUGUAAGCUCAUCUACACUGUCAUGGAGAACAACUCAGGGAGGAUGUACGGUGCGGACGACUUCUUGCCAGUCCUGACCUAUGUUAUAGCUCAGUGUGACAUGCUUGAAUUGGACACUGAAAUCGAGUACAUGAUGGAGCUCCUAGACCCUUCACUGCUGCAUGGAGAAGGAGGCUAUUACUUGACCAGUGCCUAUGGGGCACUGUCUCUGAUAAAGAAUUUCCAAGAAGAACAGGCUGCAAGGCUGCUCAGCUCUGAAGCCAGGGACACCCUGAGGCAGUGGCACAAGCGGAGAACCACCAACCGGACGAUCCCCUCCGUGGAUGACUUUCAGAAUUACCUCCGAGUUGCCUUCCAAGAGGUCAACAGUGGAUGCACUGGGAAGACCCUCCUUGUAAGACCGUACAUCACCACAGAGGAUGUGUGUCAGCUCUGUGCUGAGAAGUUUAAGGUGGAGGACCCUGAGGAGUACAGCCUGUUUCUCUUUGUUGAUGAGACAUGGCAGCAACUGGCAGAGGACACUUAUCCUCAGAAGAUCAAGGCCGAGCUGCACAGCCGACCUCAGCCCCACAUCUUCCACUUUGUCUACAAGCGAAUCAAGAGUGAUCCUUACGGUGUGAUUUUCCAGAACGGAGAAGACCUCACUCCCUCGUAGGGGACACAUGGGACUUCCCAUUGAUGCAUCCAAAAGGGAGCUGAGAGUCUAGCUUUCUGGCUGCUGUGUGCUUGAGCUUAGAAGACAGCUGCCUCCUCAGAUGAGUGACUAAGCCAUCCAUAGGCUGACUUGGCCCAGGGCAUCCUUUAGAUGUUGCCCAGAUGAGGUAGCUGAGAUUUGGGAAACAAUAAGAUUCUCCUCCAGAAAUGGUGAAUUGCAUUUAAUGGUUCAGGUGUCCUGAGAUCACUGGCUAGUUAACUAGUUAACCUUAGCCAGCUUCAGGCUUGGCUUGCAUGUAUGUAUAUAUGCUGAGAAAACACUUAAGGUACAAACUCUUCUCUUGGAUUCGAUAGCGGGUGUUGACAAGACUGUCCGAUGCAGUGCGUCAGGUCCCUCUCAGCUCUGUGGAUGGCUCCACUCUUCCCUCUUUCCCUUCUCUCGUCCAUCCUUCAUCCUAUACUUUUUUUUUUACAAAGAGCCUUUGUGUUUUUAUAUAUUUCAUAGAAAAAAUUUAUAGCAGUUGCAGGUAAACUGUCAGGAUCGGUUUUUAAAAUAUUUUUGUAACUUUUAAAAUAUUCUAUAAGUAUGCAUGUGAUUUAACAUUUAAUAUUUGAAGAUAAAUCUCUUGCUGGAUUUGAGAGUACUGCAUUUUAGACACCUCUUAGAGGUCUCUCUUCUGUAACUGGAUGUUUCAGCAAAUUUGUGGGGAGAGACUUCUGGUUGUCUUAAAGCAAUCCCUGACGCUGGCCACAGGCUGCCUUUGAAAAAAAAAAAAAUCGGGUGUACUGUUACAUUGUUCACUUUUAGCGGUGUAUUGUUACAUUGUUCACUUUUAGGGCUGGUGUACCGUUUGUUGUCUGUUUAUGUUUUUAAGCACUCGAUGCUGAGAAUUAGGGGAGAAAUGAAUGUAGAGAGAGGUAGAGAGAGAAACACAGACCCUAAGGAGGGACUGAGAAAUGCAGUCUGCAGGUUCAGGCUCUUCAGAGGACAUUAGAAAAGGAGUCAAUACUGUAAGAUAUGUGCUGCGGGGAACUUUGACAAAGAUCUGUUCCAUAUGCUAUCUGCUUUGGGAAACAAUUUUAAGAAUCCCUAGAAGAAAAAGUAAAUCAAGGAUAACGAUCUCUAUGACCCAUUUUGUAAGCCGACACUAAGGACAUCCAUUUAUUUGGAGGCAGAAACCAAGUAAUAUAUGAGUUUUGUUGAGUUCAAUGAGAUGUUUGUUGUUGGGAAGAGAAUGCACCAAAACCAAAAACAAAACAAAAAAACAAAAAACCCUCUUUAUUAUAAGAAGGGAACAAUGGUUGGGGUGUGGCUCAGUGGUAGAGCUAACAUACACGACUAGCAUGCUGGCUUUUAUCUUCAGCAUGACAAAUAUGAGCAAAGCAAGCAGAAAACAUGGAUGUAUGGUGAAGUUAGAUUUAUGCUGUAUAAAAUGAAUUUAUGGACAUAGAUAUUCCAGAAGGGUCAUACAUCAAUGUAAUACAGGUCAUUGCAAAACAAAAGCAAAAACCACAUUAGUGUCUUGUGAAGGACACACAGGUAUCUGCUUUGGGGGACCUUGAACCUUGUACCCCUGGCUUUUGUUGUACCAGGACCCUCCCUCGGCACAUGCUGUGUUGUACUUCCUUUUGUAAAUGAUUUUCAAUGGAAUUUUGCACAUAAUACAUUGUAAUACUGUACAAUAAUCCUGUGUAAAAUAAUUUUUG